AUUAUUAAAAAGCAAAAAUCACUUGUUUCUCUCAACAUCUCUCUACCAUCUUCCUCUUGACUUGCCUUCCUUGUUGGUUCUCGAGGCACGGUUUGUCUUCAGCAUACUCUCCGGCGAUCUCCACAAUCGGCGAACCCCAGCAAGUCACCAGCUCCUUUCACUGUUGACUGAAUAAGUAUUCUCUAGCUCUUCCUUUGGGUAUUUGCUGAGGAUUUGUCCGCGGCUGAGCUGAAGUUUGACGCUAGAUUCGAAUGAACUUUAUGAAGGAUUCAAAAGGGUUUUGGAAAAUCGUGGUUUUGGUGGGGACUGAGGGAAUUCGAGUGUGUAAUUAGGCAAUUCAGGGAGUUUGGAGAAAUGGGUAGCUCUCAUUUGCGUUGAAUGUAGGCACCUUGAUCUUUUCCCUUUUUUUUGGGGGGGGGAGGGGUUUUCUAGGGCAUUGAGAGGAUGAUCAGGAAUGCUUCAUGGGGAUUGAAGUUGGUGGAUACUAAGUGGACUGAUUUUUACUUGAAAUGCAACUCUUGAUAAGUAGUUUACACAUGCUUGCUCAUUUGGUUGGUUUCGCUCUGGUGGAACUGUAAUCUGGUCAGAUUGAAUCUAGAAACUGUGUAGUUUUAAUGAGAUGGAGGCUAGGAUCAAAGAAAAAGGACACUUUGGUCUUAUGGCAUCUGAUUUGAACUCUGUUGGGAAAAAGAGUUUAGAGUGGGAUCCCAAUGAAUGGAGAUGGGACGGUGACCUUUUCACAGCAAGUCCUUUGAAUCCCAUGGAAUCCGAAUGCAGAAGUAGGCAAUUUUUUCCGGUCAGGCCUGAUAAUCUGGCUACUGCUGAUUUUAACAAGUGUUCCUCAUCUGUUCUGGAGGAUGUACAGAAUGAGCCGGGAAAAAGGGAAGCUGAGAAGCGAAGAAGAGUCGUGGUGGUUGAGGAUGAAGGGUUGGAUGAUGAAGCGGGGGGUCUUAAUCUGAAUAUUGGUGGGCAAGGGUAUCCUAUCACAGAUUCGAGUAUGAAGGGUGGGAAGAAGAUCAAAUCUGUAGGGCCCGUUCCAAAUGGUCCAGCGUGUCAGGUGGAGGGUUGCAGGGUGGAUCUUAGCAGUGCGAAAGAUUACCACCGAAGGCACAAGGUUUGCGAAAUGCAUUCUAAAGCCAGCGAAGCACUGGUGGGAAAUGUUAUACAGCGCUUUUGUCAGCAGUGUAGCAGGUUUCACAUUCUUCAAGAGUUCGAUGAGGGGAAGAGAAGUUGUCGUAGGCGUUUGGCAGGACAUAAUAGGAGGAGGAGGAAGACGCGUCCUGAGUUUGUAGCUAGUGGCAGCUCCCUCGGUGACGAAAGGGGUAGCCAUUAUCUUUUGGUUAAUCUCCUUAGGAUACUUUCCAAUAUGCACUCAAGUAACUUAGAUCCUACAAAGGAUCAGGACCUGCUGUCUCACCUGUUGAGGAACCUUGCCAGUACAAUUGAUGGACAGAGAUUAUCCGAUUUACUUCAGGAGUCUAAAGGUGCAUUGGACAGUUCUCCAGAUAAGGUCCCAGAUGUAACCCCGGAUGAUCCUGAAUCUGCAAAAGCUUCUAUGAUUUUUGCUGAGACUAAUUUUCAAGACCCUGUUCGGCCCGAUGGACAUCAGAUGUUACGAUCUGCGCCUGAUUUGAUACAACAAGGAACGGGUACAGAUAGUACUGGGGAUGGAAAUCAACAACCUCGAACUGUUUUCAAGUCCACAGGCCAGUGUCUGACAAGAGAUGAUCGUUUUGCUAGAGUACAUGUAUCUAAUGACACAUCUCAGAGAAUCAGAAUGAAGAACAUUGACUUAAAUAGUUCUUAUGAGGAUACGCUAGGAUUUCUAGUGAAUACACAAACGUGUAAUGCUCCAGAACAUUCAGGAACCGGUUAUUUUGGAAGCCUUAUGAAGGCAAGUCAAGGGGCCAACAAAUCAAGUCCACCUCAUACUAGUUCAAUUUCGAACUCAACAUCUACAGAGUCUCCAUCUAGCUCCAGUGGAGAGGCUGAGUGUCGGACAGGUCGCAUUGUCUUCAAACUGUUUGGAAAAGAUCCCAAUGAUCUUCCUCUUGCACUGCGAACACAGAUCCUCAGCUGGUUGGCUCACAGUCCUACUGACAUGGAAAGCUAUAUUAGGCCUGGAUGUAUCAUAUUGUCCAUUUAUCUUUGUCUUGAGGAGACCAUGUGGAGGGAGCUUCACCAGAAUCUGGGCUCCACAUUAAGAAAGCUUCUGGAUGUAUCCAAUGAUUCAUUUUGGCGUACAGGGUGGAUUUAUACACGGGUGCAAGAUUUUGUGUCAUUUGUCUACAACGGUGAAAUCAUUUUGGAGACCCCGCUGCCUUUGGGUCAUAAUAGUGGCAAGAUCUUAAGCAUCAAACCCAUUGCUGUAUCAGUAAUGCAGAGUGCUGAGUUUGUGGUCAAAGGCUUCAACCUUUUCAAGACCACUUCAAAGUUAUUCUGUGCCCUAGAAGGGAAAUUUCUUGCUCAAAAAAGCUUUUGUGGCCUCACCGAAGAAGCUGAAAUAAUUAAUGAGGACGAGGAUGAUGAAAUCCAGUUCCUCAGCUUCCGUUGUUCUGUCCCAGAAACCUGCGGGAGAGGGUUUAUUGAGGUUGAAGACCAUGGUCUUAGCUGUAGUUUCUUUCCAUUUAUUGUUGCGGAGGAGGAAGUGUGCUCUGAGAUCCGUAUGCUUGAGAGUGAAAUCGAGGCACUUGAAACCCCGCUUGACAUCAAGCAGGAACCUGAAAUGGCUGAAGCCAGGAGCAAAGCCCUCGAUUUUGUAAAUGAAAUCGGUUGGCUUCUGCACCGAAGUCAGGCGAAGCAUAGGCUUGGUGCCUUGGAUCACAACGUGGGUCUUUUCCCUUUUAGAAGAUUCAAGUGGCUAAUGGAGUUCGCAAUGGAGCAUGACUGGUGUGCUGUGGUAAAGAAACUGCUGGGAACUUGUUUCAAUGGAGUAGUCGAUGCUGGUGAACAUCCUUCCAUAGAUCUGGCAAUGUUGGAUAUGAAUCUCCUCCAUAGGGCUGUGCGGAGAAAUUGUCGGGCAAUGGUAGAGUUCCUAUUAAGAUACAUUCCGCGUGAAGGUUCAGAUAAGGCAGGGUUGGAGCAAGCGCAACAGAUUCCAGAGAACCGCAGGAACUUCUUUUUCAAAGCAAAUGCUGUUGGGCCUGCUGGUUUGACUCCUCUUCAUAUUGCAGCUAGUAGCAAGGGAUUCGAACUUGUCUUGGAUGCCCUAACAAAUGAUCCAUUAUUGGUUGGUAUCGAAGCAUGGAAGAGUGCUCGUGAUGACUCGGGUUUGACGCCUAAUGACUAUGCUUGCCUACGAGGUCACUACUCCUAUAUACAUCUAGUCCAGAGAAAAUCCAUUGGAAAAUCUGAUAGAGGGCACGUAAUACUCGAUUUCCCCACCAAGAAACCGCUAGAAGGGCCAAGAUCAGCUAAACCUUUCAGCUUGGAGAGUAACAAGACCGAACUUGGACUGUUAAGACUGCACUGCAAAUUGUGUGAACAGAAGAUCCCGUGCGGACCCAUGAGAACAUCCCUUGUGGCCCGACCAGCGAUGGUCUCACUGGUGGCCAUCGCUGCCGUGUGCGUAUGUGCUGCGCUGCUGUUCAAGAGCAUGCCCGAGGUGCGGUGCAUUUUCCGUCCCUUCCUGUGGGAAGAAGUCAAAUAUGGGUGGAUCUGAUGGGUUCACCCCUAUUUCUUUCAGUGUAAGACUAUUCUUCCCCGUGUGCCCGGGAAUACAUGUAGCAAUACGAUCUCCGCAAGUUAUAUUCCCCAUGAGACUACAUCCUAUGUGUAAUACCAGUGCCUGUAGUUCGACUUGCUUAACGACCAAAGUUCGGUAUACAGAAUCAUCAAUCAGUUGAGGGAAAUUCUGGGUUUCCUUUGUUCUCCAUGAUUCGUGGAUGUCUUUGUGUACUCAUUAACAUGGCCAUUGAAGUGAAAAUCCUCGCUAUUUAUGUACCU